AUAAUUUUAAACUUUUUUUUUACCCAAUAAAUACCUGUUUUACAGGGACACUUCCUACUUCCUAGAUUAUUAAUUUACAACAAAAAACAGAACUGUUAAUAUUCCUAAAGUAGAACUUUUCAAAAUAAGAUAUUACAUUAUAAUUAAAUGCACUUUUAUUGGAUGAUGAUAAGCUAAAAUCAGUUUCAUUUUAUCUAUUAAUUUCUUCUUAUCAGUUCCAAGUCUGUGUGAGAAGUGUUUUUUAUGCGUAUAGUACCUACAUUACAGUAAAAAAAUGACCGAGGGCGAAGUCCAAGGUGUAAGAAAAAGAGCUCUGAGUGCCACCAAGGCUGAAGAAAUCCAUGCUGUUGAGCUUAAAGUCAGGAAAAGGCAGCCUGAUAAACCAUGCCACAGGCCCAGAGAUUCUCUUUUCUCAUGGAAUUCCGGUUUUGAUAAUUUUACUGGGUUUGUCAAUUGGGCAUUUUUACUGCUUUCUAUUGGUGGUUUAAGACUUUUACUAGAAAACUUCAUAAAGUACGGAAUAAGAGUUGACCCAAUCCAGUGGGUGUACAUGUUAAUAAAUGAAGAAAGCUCAGAAUGCCCCACCCUAAUAUUAUUAUUAUAUCAUGUUGUACCAGUUGUUCUAUGUCUUAUUAUCGAAAAAGCCCUAUCAGUGGAAAUUGUUCCUGCCAGCAUUGGAAUGCUUGCUCAUAUUGUCAAUCUCGUAUCUGUGAUAUUGGUGCCUAUGGUUCUCAUCCACGUAAAAGAUGGUUUCAGCCUUAUUGGUGCCUCUACAAUAACUUCAGUUUACAGCGUCCUAUUUCUUAAAAUUUGGUCCUACAUCCAAGUCAACAUGUGGUGCAGGACAGCAAGACAGCAAAAUAAAGGCCAUUUAAGAAGACAAUCGGUUUCAAUAAGUAAUCUACAAAGGGCUGCAGUGAAUCCGAAAAAACAAGACAGAGAAAAGAGUUCCAGCGAAGAUAAUAAUGGAGGCCUAGUGCAAUAUCCAGAUAAUUUAAAUUUGAAGGAUUUGUAUUAUUUUAUGUUGGCACCUACAUUGUGUUAUGAAUUGAAUUUUGCAAAAACUGAAAGGAUAAGGAAAAGAUUCUUAUUGAGAAGAACUUUUGAAGUACUAGCUGGCACCCAAAUUAUUUUGGCUGUUAUUCAGCAAUGGAUGAUUCCUUCUAUUAAAAAUUCUUUGGUACCAUUUAGUAAUAUGGAUUAUACAGUUGCUACAGAACGAUUAUUAAAAUUAGCUAUCCCUAAUCAUUUAGCUUGGCUGAUAAUGUUUUACAUCUUGUUUCACUCUUGGCUGAAUCUUCUUGGUGAGUUGCUUCAUUUUGCUGAUAGAAAUUUCUAUGCCGAUUGGUGGAACUCUGAUAACAUUGAUGUAUUCUGGCGCACCUGGAACCUACCCGUACAUAGAUGGGCCUUGAGGCAUUUAUAUCUUCCUAUGGUGGAUAUGGGCUAUGGUAAAUCUUCUGCUAGUAUUUUGGUGUUUUUCUUUAGUGCUUUUUUCCAUGAAUAUAUGGUUAGUGUACCAUUGAGAACUUACAAAAUUUGGGCCUUCAUGGGCAUGAUGGGUCAAAUUCCGCUUUCGUUUAUGUCGCGUUUUGUGGAAAAACGUUAUGGGCCAAGGUUUGGCAAUAUCGUUGUUUGGGCUUCCAUUAUUAUUGGUCAACCUUUGUGCAUUAUGAUGUAUUACCACGAUUAUAUGGUAAUACAUCAUGGAUCAACUAUCGCUGAAUAUUCUCAAGUAUAAAUAUAGUUUGUCUCAUAGUUAUUUUAACAGUCAAUUAGGUAAUUGCUACUUACUUUUCUUGCAUUUUCAAAAAUACUAUAAAUUAUGUAGCUGUGAUAUUUAAUAUCAUAAUGGCCCUUUGAAAUCUUGACUGUAUGAUCAAAAUGUAUGCAGUUUAUUUCUUGUUGUUAGGGAUCAAAUUAUAUUUUCUACUUUUGUAAUUAUUGAUUUAAAUUUAAGUUUAAAACAGUUUUGUUGUAACUUUGUGCCAAUGUGUUUUGGAUAAGCUUUAUAUUUUAUUGUUUCAUGUUGUUUUUACUUUUAAUUGCUCAAUUAUUUGUCUAUUUUCAUAGCAAUUAUUUAAUAAUUACGUAUGCCAAAUAUUGAUUAUUUAAUAAUAUUUUUUAUAAAAAUAUCUUUAGGAUUAGGUUAAUUAUUAAGUGGCAAUAUUUUAUCCUAUACAGAAGAUGCCAAACUUGCAAUUUAACCAGUGAAAAAAUUCUAUUCUAAAUAAUAUAUUGUUGAAUAUUUUUAUUAGAAAUAUAUUAUUAAUAUUAUUAGAUAUUUUGUUAAACAAAUAUAUUUGUUAAUAAACUUGAAGGAGACUGAAG